UUUAUCGAAAAGGACACAGAGCAGGAGGAGGGGGGGAAUCAGCAAACGCAGCGCGUUUCCUCUGCAAGUUCAGGGAAGUUUAUAAAGUCUGUGUAACUUCCUCUCGGGUGCGUCCAAUUCCUGCCACCUUGGGAGAAAGAAGGACCCCCGCCCCCUCGGGCUCCGGGUGAAAACCCCUCUCUGGACAUCUCUGCCUCUUUCUCCGCACGAUCAGGUUCCCUUUCACAUGUCCUCCGAGGCGCUCCUCUUGGCACCCGGCUGCGCUCUGCCCAGUUGGCAACGGGCGCACGUCGAAAACACCUCGGCCAGUUUGUUACGGGUGUUAUUUCCGACGGAUUCAGUUUAAAGGGGUUUUUUCUUUUUUUCUUUUUUUAGGAGAGAGAGAGAGAGAAACAUUAAAAAAAACCCGAAGAGGGCAGGCAGGAAGGAGCUCUUGCAAAAAAAGCAAAUAUAUGACUCAACAAUGUUUGUGUUUUGGUCCUGGGUUUUUCGUUGCGCGCGCGGCGGAGCGGCGUCCGAAGGCUUGAGCUCCGUCGUUGCCAAGCGGCGGCCGCUCGGCAGGGGGCGCUGCGCGGGGUCCGAAAAAGCCUCCUGCCGCUGUCGGCGGAGUCAGCGUGGAUUGUGAACACAAUGUUAAAAAGCGGCCGGGGAGUCCGAGGAGCCCUCAAAGCCCCUGCGCGAGCCGCCCGGAGCCCGCCGAGCUCUGUCUGCUGCUUCAGACGGCGAGGUCGGCGACGGCGAGAGGAUGGAGCUGAGGGCGGCCGCGGCGCUUUGCCUCUACUGCCUCUGGAGCGCUUGCCGCCUGCGCCCGUGGCAGCUGGACGCCGCCGCCGUCAGGCCCCUGCUGCCUGCCUCGGCAGCGCAAGCGGCAGCCGCCAACGAGGAGAACCUCGACGUCAGAGACGCUGCCGCCUCGGCAGCCUGGAAGGCGAAGCGCGAAAGCGCGUUCCGCAAUGGCACGGUGGUGCCUCACGACUACAUGGUAGCGCUUUACCACAGCCUGGCCCGGAGCAAGGAGCCUCUUGUGCCCGCCGUCGAAGGAGGCGGACGAGCAGACACCGUCACGGGCUUCGUAGACCAGGCGCAGCCGCGAGAUGACUCUCCGUCGGAAGCGGCGCAGCGCUACCUCUUCGACAUCUCCACCCUGCCCGAGCUGGACGAGGUGGUGGGCGCCGAGCUGCGGAUCCUGCGCAAGCCCCCGGGAAACCGGAGCUUGGCCACGUCCCCAGAAGGCCUCCUCCACCGGCUGCUGCUCUACUCCUGUCCGGAAGGGGAAAGCCACCAGCCAGGCCUCUUAGACUCCAGGGCCGGCGACCUCUUGGACUCGGAAGACCUUUCUUCCUCGUCGCCCAACAAGUGGGAGGUCUUCAACGUGUGGGCAGCCUUGACGGGCAGGGCCGAGGAAGGCGGCACCCCCCGCCACCCCCGUCCGUCGCUUUGCUUCCUCCUGAGGGUCGUCUCGGAGCAGUCCGGGAGACUCCUCCCGCCGGGACAGCUGGGCUUCCGCAGAGAGCAGCCGUCGGAGCCGCACGAGAGGGCGCUGCUGGUGGUCUUCUCGCGCACCAAGCGGAAGGAGAACCUCUUCAAGGAGAUCCGAGAGAAGAUCAAGGCUCUGGGCGGCGGUCCCGGGCUCUUGCUGGAGCCCCCCGACUCGGGACAAGAUCCCCUAGCCAAGCAGCAGCGCCGCCGCCGUCGGAGGACCACGCUGGCGGGCCGGGCGGCCGGUGGGCGAGGCCACGGCAAGAAGGCCAAGAGCCGCUGCAGCCGGAAAGCCCUGCACGUCAACUUCAAGGAGCUGGGCUGGGACGACUGGAUCAUCGCGCCCCUGGACUACGAGGCGUACCACUGCGACGGCGUGUGCGACUUCCCUCUGCGCUCGCACCUGGAGCCCACCAACCACGCCAUCAUCCAGACGCUCAUGAACUCCAUGGACCCCGACGCCACGCCGCCCAGCUGCUGCGUGCCGUCCAAACUCAGCCCCAUCAGCAUCCUUUACAUAGACUCCGGCAACAACGUGGUUUACAAACAGUACGAGGAUAUGGUGGUGGAGACGUGCGGGUGCAGGUAGCGGCGUCGGAAGAAGCGAAGGCCUCUCCUCCUCCUCCCCCAUCCUCGCCUGCUUCGCUUCCCCGGCUCCGUGGCGCGCAUCUUGUCAAGAUUCGCCUCGAUGUCCUGCCUUUGGCUGCCAGGCCCGAUGGCACUCGUGCAUUGUGCGCGUGUGCCAUAAAGAGGAGCCAUCUCCUAGGCCCCUUCCCCAUAUAAUAUUCGAGGGCGCCUCUCCCCGCCCCAAAGUUGAUGGGCAUUGCCAUUCAAAUGGUGUGCCUGCCCAUCAUCAUGUGAUCGAUUAUGCGGGGCGGAGCUUCCCUGCCCGCCCGCCUCCAAUAUUUUGUUCCAGUUGGCACCGCUGGCAUGUGGAAAAGGGGGGAUUUUGCAGGCUUGCCUCUCUUUUCCUCCCUCCCUCUGCAGAUGCUAGUGACCUUCUUUCCCUAGACAAUGAGCGAGUGACCUAGCACCCUUCUGUAAGUCUGCACCCCACCAAAUGGGCACUUUAAGAGAAGGAAAUGGGACGACAGUAUUGAGAACACCUUUGCCAACCAGUCUAGGAGGUUAGCUGAGGUGAACUGUGUUGUGUGUGUGUGUGUGUGUGUGUGAAUAAUCUGAAGUGGUUUUCAAGCUUUUUAUCUCCAGUGAAGCCAUUUCACAUUCACUUUUGCUCAUGAUUUUGUUUUGUUUUGUGAGUGUUGGUGGUAGAUCACGCAGUUCUCAAUAGUCAGUGCUUAGGCCGCUUAAAUAUCCCACCAGUUUCCUGUGUCAAACUACACCUGCAACCCACCAAACAUCCCUCCGGGGCUGCAUGUUAUGGGGGAAGAUUGAGAGUGGUGGACCAGCUGUCUUUUAAGGCAGUUUGUCUGCCAUUACCCAUCGCAGGGAUAACGUUUCUGAGGAGCCCCUGAAUACAGUUUGGACACCACUGCUCUGUGUGGCAUCUCUCUUUUCCCUCUCUCCCCCACCCCCCACAUUCCUUGACUUUUCUUUCUUUUGGAAGAUUGCUUGCCUCUAGUGGCAUAUCAAAGAAAUGGGCAGUAUGUUAUUUAGCAGCACAAUCUUAGGCAUAAUCACCAGGAAGUAAGUGAUUCCCUCUGCGUUCAGUGGAGUCUGCUCUCAGGUGAAAUCUCGAACACUUACAUGGAGGGAAAUCCCACUGAAAUAAGAAGGCCUUACUUAAGUACCGUGGUACUUGGUUGCCGAACGGCUUGGCUCCCAAACAAAUGGGCUCCUGAAAGCCACAAACUUGGAAGUGUUCCUGGUUUGCAAAUGUUUUUUGGAAGCCGAACGUCUGAUGUGGCUUCCGCAGCUUCCGCUUGAGUGCAGGAAGCUCCUGUAGCCAAUUGGAAGCUGCGCCUUGGUUUCCAAACAGUUCCAGGAGUCAAACGGACUCCCAGAAUGGAUUAAAUUUGACAACCAAGGUACCACUGUACACACAAUUUGUAUUGCAGUGUAAGACGGACAUUGUUGUGUGCGCAUAAUUGCCUGGGAGUAAGUGCCAUUGAAUUCAUUGGGAUUUCUGAGUCAACCUGCAUAGGAUCAUGUGUUGCUAAUCAACAAAUCCUUGCCCCCCCACCCCCCCGAAUCCUGGUGGAUUUUCAUAGGGCUUAUUUGGAGAUGAAAACCCACUAGCCAUGCUUGGUGGGGGCCCAGUUUCUGAAUUCUCAGGGCUUCUCUGAUGGUUGUCCUGGCCUGGAAGUGUAUUGGGAAUACAUCCGUUAUUCCCUGUUAGAUAUAAAGCUGCUACUUGUCAACGAGAGUUUGACAGUUAAUGGAGCACAUGUUCUCAGCAUUCUUCCAUGCCUGGAGAAUGACUCACAAAAUGCGAAGACAGCACUUGUGGAAUCUUUUUUCUGCCCAUCUCUCACUCAGCUUGGAAGACAUUUUCCUGCUUUUUCAUAAGUGAUAUAUGUUAUCACGUCUUUGUACCACGGCUCUCAGUCUAGGCAGGCGAGGCGAGGCUUCCACGGGCAAGAGCAUGGACUAGAUUGUGUUCACAGGCUGCUAGCUGGCCGUUCCUGCUUUAAACUCCUGUUUACCCCUGUCAAAUGUUUCUUUACUAAUCACUGGCCUGCAGAUAGGAGCAGGUUAAACAGCAUUUGGGGCCAAGGACUCCAGAUGUUGGCCUGGGCCCCUCCAGAUGAUAUUGGACUCCCAUCAGUCCCAGCCAGCAUGGCUAAAGGCCAGGGGUGAUGGAAAAUGUUGUAGCAACAUCUGACCAGCCACAAGCUCCCCAUUCCUGCCAUAAGAAAUCCCUCUUUCCCUGAUGUUGACAAAACUUAAUUGUAUAACUGGCCACAUCUUGGUUUUCUGUUUCUUGGUUAUGCUAGAGCAGCAGUCUCCAGUUCUUCAAAAGACCUAGAAUCUGCCUUUAACUCAAACAUGAAUUUGGGACGUGUUCCAUACAAAACCAUAUAUAAUUGUAUGCCGUGUUAGAAACUCAGACAUUUAAUCAAAUAGCCAAAUGGCACUUUAAACCAAGGUUGCAGUCACAAAAAUGGAAUGCCGAGUUGCCGUUUUUGGAAAGAUGGUUCUAAUGUCUUAUAUUUCAAAGGAUUGACUGGCUGUGAUUUAUCAGUUAAACAUCUGGCUAGUUCAGAUGACAACCUUGAGCCCAGGUUAAGAGCUUUGACAGCUUAAAGAAGAAAAGUCACUUGAACCAGGGACAGUCCACAUAUAUAUUGGCGUAUUCUGACCUCUUUUUCUCAAUGGUGACACAGACCAUUCAUAAUGUAGGAAUAUUUUUCACAACAGUGAGCAGGGCAGUCAGGUGGGGUAAGUGAAGACAAGCUACAACAAUUCACUAUAACGCUGUUCACCGCUCCUACUCAGGCUGCACAGAAAAAGCAUUUUGGUUCCUGAAUUUCAUUCCAGUUGUGUGGAUAAAAUAUAACUGAUAGAAUUCUGCAAAAUGUGGUAUUAGUGGGUGAAAACAGUCCAGAACCAAGGAUCCCCAGGCAUGCACCUCCUGAUGAUGGAGAUGUCAGGCAGCAUCCUGGCACCUAGGCAUCUUCACUUGGUCAGAAGUGGCCAAUAGUCAGGUGCAAAAAUACAUCUGGGCCCUGGCUAAUUUUGAACGCUGUUUGUAUGCUGGUAGUGUUGGUGUUCUGACCCACCUUAGACCAGGCUGCAGCUUGGUAGAGGAGCCUAGGAAACCCAGCCAGAUGGGUGAGGUAUAAUUAAUUAAUUAUUGGAAGUGGGUCCCAAGCCAGCAGCGAAAGAUCAAUGCGCUAGAGUAUAAUGGGCAUGCUAGGAAACAACUUUUGUCUGUUGUCUAUAUCUGUUGAUGUAGAUAUAGCAGAAAGCUCACAUUCAUGGCUACGCUUAUUGCCUUGCUGUUAAGAAGAAUGCUUUAAAUAGCCCAAAUAGCCUUUAAGCCUAGUGGCCAACUCUUCCAUUAAAUAAAUAAAGGUGAUUAGGUAGGAGACCCGGAAGAUUCCCCAAGUCAAUGGCUUUGGCGCUGAGUGUUGGAGGGUCCAUUGGUUAUCAUCUCCUGCUUAUACAUAAAUACAGUGACCAAACAUGCUCUGCCGUCCAGAGCAAGUAAUGCCUGGAUGGUGAACAUGUUUUAAAUGAAAGACUCUGAAAAGCCUUUUUGGUGUGAGUUGUGUAGUGAUUGGACUGGAUUGCAUCUUGCUGCUCAUGUUAAGCGUUGUAGAGUGCUUAAUUUACGCUUAGUUUGAUGUGCAUCCCUUAUAUACACAUCAUCUACUCAAACCAAUGGGCCUAGGAAGAUACACUGAUAGCAACAGAACCCUUGGGGUGGGGGCAAAACAACAACAACACAUUGCCCCCCCUUUUUUGAGGUGGGGGGAAUCUAACAGCCAAACUGACUCAAGUUAGAGCAUCGUUCCAUCUCACUCGGCAUCACUUACAGUCUACACCAGAGAUGGGGAACCUUUAGCACGUGGAUGAUUAGAUGCCAAUUAAAAAAAACAACACUUGCGUUUUCUGGGAUGUGCUAGUUUUCUAGCGGGAAAUACUUAUUUCAUUUCCAGCGGGCAAGCAGUGCUCUAUGUAGCAUUAGCUGCUGCAGUCCAGGAACAGAAUUAGCACAGGGUUUGUUGUUUGUGUAAACCAGGCAUCGCCAAACUUUGGCCCUCCAGAUGUUUUGGACUACAAUACCCAUCUUCCCUGACCACUGGUCCUGUUAGCUAGGGAUCAUGGGAGUUGUAGGCCAAAACAUCUGGAGGGCCGCAGUUUGGGGAUGCCUGGUGUAAACUAUGGUCCUCAGACUAUGGUCCCAAAGCAUGCUGCCUAGGAAGUACCAGGCUCACUUUAGAACAAAUUUGUUUCAGGUUCGGACUAUUAUUCCUGCUAAAACGAACAGACAUUCUUCCGGACAGAUAUACAGUCGUACGUUGGAAGUUGAACAGCUUAGUUCCUGAACGUUUUGGCUCCCGAACAUCGCAAACUGUUCUGGUUUGUGAACUAUUUUUGGAAGCCAAACGUUCGAGCUUCCUGCAGUCAAUCAGAAGCCGCGCUUUGGUUUUCGAACGUUUUGGAACUGGGGUAUACAGAUGACUUAAAUUCAAGCUUUUAGUUCAAAUGGUUUUGGAAUGCAGGUUUUACAUGCAGCCAAACAGAAAUAGUUAGAUUUUGAGCUGAUUCAGUAAGGCUAUGGAGUUUAAGAGGGCUGCAUCUAACUGGAGGUUUGUGGUUCAGGCUGUCAGUCUUCCAAGGGACCUGCGUGCCAUCACCUUUGCAUUACAGUUGGGGCCCAAAUCAGGUAAUUCAGACCCUGGACUCAGCGGCAUUAGGCAGCUCUGCCCCUGCACUUAAUGGGAACCCAUCUUUCGAUGGGAAUAUAUGUGGCUUAGUGGCAGAGCCCAUGCAUUGCCAUCAAACAUGUCUCAGGUUUGAUCCCUUUAACUCUAGGCAUGCUAGGGGGAAACUGAUGUUCGAAACCCUGGAAAACGGCUGCUGAUUAGUGUAGACAGUACUCAGCUGGGAGAACGCAUGGUCUGGUUUGGUAUACAUUAGUUUCUUCUUUUCCCGUGUGUUAUUUUGCACUUGUGUUAAUUGUGGUGGUAGAGACAUGCACUGUUUCAACACUGAGCAGUUUAAAAAUCCUUUUAGUUUAUCCAAAAGCUGGAGCACGCUCACUUCAUUGGGUGCCCUCUGCUUCUAGGUGAACGAGUAAGCAUUUUUACUGUUUGCAGAAAAUAAAAAAAUUGACUUUUUGGAGCAGAAUGAAUAGGAAUGUGUGAGAUAAAAAGACAGAUCUAUUGUCCUUUGUGCUGCAUGUCUAGAACUUUUCCCUCCCUCUCUGUUGCCAUUCACUUCAAAGGAGGGACAAUUCUCAACAUGCAGCCUGGGAAAGGGGCUAAAAUUCUCACCAUCUCUGAUAACUGGCCGUGCUGGUUGGGGGCUGAUGGGAGACAGAGUACAAGAGUUAUCUCUGUCUUAACAGGCCUGGAGCUGACAUCUCAAUGAAGAAGGGAAGUCUCAUGCCUGUGUCUCUAAGGGCCAUCUUAAGAUCUUGGUGAUUCAAGGCUUGUAAUUAGCACUUUUCUAGCAAAUAUGGUUUUUCUCCCCCUGUGAGGGAAAAAAAAGCUGUAGCAAGCACCUCCGUGGGAGAAUCAACAAACCUUUUUUUUAGGCUUGCACACAGAAUCACAGAAUGGUAGAUUCUGUGUUAUAGUUAAACUAUUCGGAACCCAACAGGGUCAGUGGAGCCUAUGGUGUCUUUAUAAUAUAUGGUUUAUCACAUAUAUACAACCUGAGCCUACGAGGGAGGAGCUCACAGCUCUAACACCUGAGAAGGUCUUGCUUCUCUCAGAGUCACAGCCUUGGAUUCAAGCAGAAAUCAGGCAUGGCUCUCUCACUGGCUUCUGCUUGCUUCUAGCUUCUGGCCUUUGUCUAACUAACAGAUAGAGCCACUUCUUUUGUUAUCUUAAUGACCCAUACUUGGCCCAUUACCCAAAAGCUUGCCUGGCUAUUCCAGCAAUUGAAUCCCUGUUGGAUCCAGGAAUUGGAAGGAACUCAGGAAUGUAGCCUAUCCCCCAAAUCACAAGACCUGUGGGGUGUGUGUGUCAUAGAAUUGUAGAGUUGGAAGGGGCCACAAUGGACAUCUAGGGUUGCCAUUUUGAAGAGCAAUAAAAAAAGAGGACAUGUCCUGGAAAAAGAGGACAUAUGAUAACCUUAAUAUGCCAAAUUCCUGCAGUGCAGGAAUCUUUUGCCCAAUGGGGCUCAAACCCACCACCCUGAGUUUAAGAAUCUCAUGCUCUACUGCCUGAGCUAUCCUAGAGGGUCAUUGCGAUACCUGCUAUUCAGGUUGCAGCCUGGCAGCACGGCAAGUGUAACUUGAACAGGCAAAGCUUAUUCCAUCACUGUAGCUCCUUCCCAGGAAAAGCGGCAACUUUCACCAACCCAGGUGCACGUUCAGGAGCAGAAACAUAACAGGCACAUUCAGAAUUUUACCUGGGGCUGGCUCACUGCAAACUUUUCCUGACAGUAAUCUGAAACUGGAUUCCAAAAUCAAACCCAGCUAAGUUGAUUAACGUAGAGAAGCAAGGACCUGGCGUAUGCUUAUUUGCAUGUGCGUCCCUUAUUUGAUGCACAUUCACUCACCUCCCUCGGAUCUGGGCAGGGCCGGCCCAAGACAUUUUGGUGCCUGAGGCAAACCACAACAUGGUGCCUCCUUCCCACCAGGGAAGAAAGGGUGAGUGAAGACUUGCAAGGAACAAGGAGGGAGCAAUGGUCUACAUCAGGAUCCCUACAGGAUCUGCUGCCCCUGUGCAGCCUGCCACCUGAAGCGGUCACCUCACCUUGCCUCAUGGGUCGAUGUGUGGGCGCUUUUCUUGCAUGUUCUUCUUUUUGCUCCAGGCCUGCAUGUAAGUUUUUUUGUUCUCGCGAAACCCUUGAGUAGCAAAGAAUUCUGAAUGGAGAAUAAGGAUGCUAACAUGGCCAUUCAUUACUUGCAUCUCGGAAAUUUGCCAGACGCAUUUUGCACCUGGCUAUUAGCCACUUGUGACCGAGUGAAGAUGCCCCGGUGUCAGGAUGGUGCCUGACAUCUCCACCAUCUGGAGAUGCAAGCUUGGGGAUCCUUGGAUCUUGUCUGUUUUCACACACUAGCAACACAUCCUGUAGAAUUCUAUGCGUUAUAUUUUAUCUGCACAAUCAGAACGAAUUUCAGGAACCAAAAUGUUGCAUUGAAAAAUACGACUUUUGAGCUGUCUGGCCCAGAAACAGCAACUAGGCAUUCCUUUUUGGCGACUGCAACCUUGGUUUAAGGAGCCAUUCAGCGCCUAGCUUAUAUGUCUGGGUUUCUAAACACUGUAACUAAUAUAUUGUUGUUCUCACUUUGGGAGGCAAGACACAUGGAGGUAUACAAUAAAACCUAAGGCCUAGUGCUACUCCCUCAAAGUGGUACUUUGUCAUCAAAUUUCUGGUGUCCACAAACUGUUAGACCUGCUGUGAGUGCAUUUAGAAUAACAGUUCAUAUUUCUAUAUACUUUUUAGAAGUUUGUUAUCAGCAUUUUGAAUGACAAGGUGCUUCUUUGCAGGCAUAAAAGCAGUGUGUUCCGUAUCUAAGAAACUGAUCCUAAUUCAGCAAGCUAAGGGUGGAUCCGAGCGAUCUGACUGAGAGAGGGAAAGUGCAGCAAGAGCUAGAACUUGGUGUCUUGCGUGUGCGUGUUUUAGAGAAGGGCACGGCAGCCCAGGAGGAAAUAUCAAGAGAGCAGCAUGCUGGUGAGAUGGCAAUGGAGGAGAUGUUCCUAACAGGAAAAAAGAAUUUUAGGAUAAUUCUCUGUUCUGAAGAACAGCAAUGGAACAUGAGAAGCAUUACAUUUAGCCAAGACACUUAAUGCUGUUUGGGAGCACACCUGGUUGGAGGAAGCUAGCUUAAAGUUUUUGCGGUCGAAAGCCAACUUCUCUUGUAGGCCACUAUGUUCUGAAGGGCCCAGGGCUUUUCUGAGUGUAUAUCAAUGCGCUCACAACCUGCAAAGCUCUGCUCUCACACCAGAGGCCUGGAGAAAGUUCGGUUUAUUUGUAAAGGCUGCCCCACACAAUAUGCAUUUCCUGCACAAUAGAUGUUGUGUGUCGCUAUAGAUUUACAGGUUGUGAUUUAGCCUGUUUUUAUGCAAUGUCUCAUGUUCAGAAAUCCUCUGUCCUAUUGAAAUCGGUGGAACUCAGCCGUAGGAGCCAACUCCUAGGGGCCAAGGUCCCUUCGGCCCCCCCCAGGAAAUAUUUGAGGGGGUCGGCCCACCCCAAAGUUGAUGGGCAUUGCCAUUCAAAUUGCGUACCUGCACCAUGUCAUGUGAUCAAUUAUGUCGGCCGGGGCUUACCUGCCCCCUCCAAUAUUUUAUUCAAGUUGGCACCCCUGAACUCAGCCAUGCUGCACUUUUCUCUUUCGAUUGCUCCCAUUGAGAUGAAUGGGAAUCACCUAAUGGGAAGGACUAUGACUGCAGUCUGGUGAAGCCUAAUGACGCAUGCACACACGUACUGGACAUUUGGUUUUUUUAAAAAAGCAGUAACCCCCACCUUGCCAUUUAAAGUCUCACAUGACACAUGCUCCUUGGACAUACCUACAGAAGCCAUUCUGAAGCUAAAGAAACAACAGUAUAGUGUGUUUUGCCCAGGUGUAUAGCCUAGGUGUUUUGCAAAGCCACCUGUGAUAUUGCGUUUGCAACAAGCGUUAGGCUGGAUCUACGCACUUAAAAAAUAAUAAUCAGGAAAAUGUGUUGUAAACCUCAAAAUGGGAAAUCGGAUUGCCGAAAGAUGGGAACUCCAUAGCGCCAUCUGGUGUCACAGUGUUAUAAUGCAUUUAAGACGCUUUCUUUUACGAGUCCCUUGACAACAUUUCGAAGGUAAAAGAAGAAAAAAAUCUGCUAAACAUGCUGCAGUCUAAUAAAGUAGGUACAAAUGCAAGCAAACAUAUAGAUACACGUGAUUCCCCUCUGCUCCCCACCCCAGUGGUUGGAAUCCAGCAUAAUUUCAUUGACUUUGCUGGAGAUACGGCUGAUUUACUGUGAGAUUAGAAUCAGGUCCCAUGAAUGCAACUUAUUUCAAAACAUGACCAGAGGGGAAGAGGGUGAAAAAUAUCUAGAAUUAAAAAUAGUGUUGCACAUCUUGACAUUUUUCACAUUGUUGGGUUCCAAAUAGUUUUAAUUAUAACCGUGGUCAGACCUCAGGAAUGCCUCCUCAGUGAAGAACUUCUGUUGCAGAGCUUUUUGGCAACCCUCCUGGCUUUUUAAUCAGCAUUUUCUCCAGUAUCUAUUUUAUACGUUUGAGGGUUUCUUUCUGCAGCGAGUGCAGCUACUGUUCACCGGAAUAUCUGCGCAAAGGGCUAAGCAUGUUUGGAAGUCAAGCCAUCGGCAAGGAGGCCCUAAAGCUCUCAGUAUUAGGAACCAGGCCAUUCGCAUCCGGAUCUGAAAACUGAGGCCAAGGUUGAGACUGUUGUUCCUUGUGUUUUUCUUUCCCCCUUAUCAAGAAACUAGAUUCCAUUUUUGCAGGAAAUGGGCUGCAUUCUCUUUGCUCCAUAUUUUUAAUGACCCCUAGAGAAACGUUGUCAGAACAUAUUUCUCCAACUGGCUAAGGCAAACGCUUUUACCCGCCACCACACUCUGAAGAACAAAAACACAGUUUGUCAUUUUACCAAGAAAUCCGCUCCACAUUUUUAAUUUAUGCAUUUUCUUCUCUCAUGUGUAGAAAACCCACAAAGAAUUUUCUCUUUCUCCCUCUUUCCUAUUGUUCAUUCCUGGUGAAACUAUAAUUUACUGAAUUUCCAUGUGUGUCUUUUCAUUUUUUUAAAAGCCUAUUUUUUCUGGAUCAAAAAAAGUAUUUGGGUCUGAAUGUGUGAAAUGUUCUAUGGAAGAGAGAAGUGAAGUGAUGGUGUAAAUGCAUUGUGUGUAUGUAUUCUAAAAUUUAAAUAGAUUGUACAUAUUGGAUUGUAAAUGAACUGUAAACAAGCAAUAUAUAUUUUCUUGAACAUAUAUAGUGGUAUAUAUUUGUUAAAUAAGCAAACUUGUAUACUCUUAAUUAACCUUUUAAAUAUUUUGUACAGAUAAGUUUAUUAAAUAUUUUAUUGA